AUGUUUAGAAGGAAUAAUAAGGCAGACUUAGUUCCUGAAAAAAAAAAAGCAAUGGACAUAAUGAUUACUUGGGGCCUCCGGAAACAAAUGGUGACCCAAGUUAAAAUAAGGAAACUGAAGAAACAGGAAACAGAUAAGCCCGUGAUGCUGCCCAUGUCAUUAUCUGAAAUCGUAACUGGCAUGUAUAGUCAAGACACUUCUCAUACCUUGAAAGUCAUUGAGUUUUUGAGGAGGAUCUUGUGUAGAGAGAAGGAACUCCCAGUAGAGAUGAUCUUAAAUGAAGAAUUAUUCAAACGAAUGGCUUCCUUCCUAAGCGGUGUAAAAUUUAGCCUUCUGUAUGAGACUGCCUGGGCCUUCACAAACAUCGCUGCAGGAACCCUUUCUCAUGCCCGCAUGGUUGUUGACAGUGGUGCUGUACCAUAUUUCAUUCGUUUGUUGUCAUCUGAUUCUCUCUGUCUUAUUGAACAGAGUGUUUGGGCAUUAGGAAAUAUUGCUGGUGGCGGAGCAGACCUGAGAGAUCUCUUAUUAAACCAUCAUAUUCUCAAGCCUCUACUGCGUCUUGUUGACAUGACUGCCCCCCCUAACUUUCUGUGCACUGUGGCAUGGGCCAUCUCAAACUUGUGCCGUAAUAAAGUUCCUUCGGUGAUGAUGAUAGUUAUCAAAGCCUGCUUGCCAGCACUGAGGACUUUGAUUCACCACAAAGAUGAUGCUGUUGUAUCUCAUGCUUGUUGGGGUCUGUCAUGUGUCACAGAAGGGGCCUUGAACUACACAGAAGAAUUGGUCAAAUACCCGGAUUUAAUGGAAAGACUUGUGGAAUUACUAGACAGUAGAAAUGUUGGUGUCCUCACACCAACUCUUCAAACAAUUGGUAACAUUAUGUCAGAAAAUAAGUCUUGGAUACAGAUCAUGAUGGACUGCAAUCUAAUGGACAAACUGCCGGCACUUCUGCAAAAUUUCAGACUAAACAUUAGGAAAGAGUCUUGCCGGAUAGUGUCAUGCAUUACUAUGGGUUUCUUUGAACAAAUCAAGACGGUGAUUGACUGCAACCUUAUACCUCUGCUCCUUGGUGUUCUCAAAGUGGGUGACAUCAGAAGCCAGAUAGAAGCUGUCCGAGCAAUCAAAAAUAUGUCAGAAGAUGUAUUGCUACAAGAGGUAUAUUGUUUAGUUAAGAAUAAUGUAUUCAGACCACUGUGUGAACAUCUGACCACAAAGAAUGUCAGGCUUCUGGAUCUUCUCUUAGACACUAUAACCAACAUCAUCGAAAUAUCAGGUAUAUUAGGUCCACCGGAAUCUCUCUUUCACAUCUUGGAAGAAACUAAUGCUGUAGACACAAUUAAGCAACUGCAGAACCAUAAUAACUGGAUCAUCCGCAGCAAAUCACACAGAAUUUAUGAAAAAUUCUUCAGCCUCAGUUCGGACGAGGAAUCAGCACCAGAGAACCAUAACGAUGAUAACCAGGAUCGCUACAGCACAGAUGAAUACUGA